CAACUAGAAAUAUUAAAAAUGAAGGUGAUGAAGGUGUGCUUUAUGGUAUUAGCAAUGAUAAUGGUUUUAUUAUUACAAGGGAUUUGGUGCUCUGCUGAUUGUUGGGAGACUGACAGAAUUGCUCUCUUGCAACUUCAGUCUCAUCUCAAUUAUUCUCUUCAACAUGAUCCAAAUAUUCCUUUUUACUAUGAUUAUUCCACAUCUUUUUCGAAAAUUGAUGUUAUCAAGUGUUGUGAUUGGGAAAGAGUGAGGUGUAGUGCCACCACAGGACGUAUUAUCCAACUCAAUCUUCAUAGUAUAAGAGAUUUUUCAGCAGGAAUGUGGUAUCUAAACGCCUCUUUGUUUCUUCCAUUCCAACACCUCAACCAUUUAGACUUAAACUACAAUCAGAUUACAGGUUGUCUUAAGAAUGAAGGUGGUGAAGAAUUAUUAAAUAUGAGCAAUCUAGAAUUUCUAGACAUGAGUAUGAAUUACCUUGAAAAUGAUGUUUUAUCAUCUCUCAAGAGUCUCUCAUCUCUUAAAACUCUGUGGAUGAGUUAUAAUCAAUUGAAAGGACCUUUUGAUUUAAAAGAAUUGGAUACCAUGAGUAAUUUGAAGGAGCUGAGUUUGGAUGGAAACAACAUUACAAAAUUUAUCGGUUCAAGAGGUAUUAAUUAG